CGGUCGUAUAUUAUUUAGAAUAAAGCUCCUCAUUUAAAUAAAUAAUUUCGUGUCAUAAUAAAAUGACACAAUAGAUUUAAAUGUAUGAUGCGUUCUUAAAUAGGAAUAGUGUCAGGUAGUUCAAGAAAUGAAAAUCUGACAACGUUGUAUCUGAUUCGAGAUGGUUCGAACUGGUUUUUGUAUUAUUAAUUUUAAGAACAAUUUUGUUUUAGAAUUUUCAGUCAUUGGCAACAUCGCUUCGUGUUAUUUGACAAUACAUCGGGUAAACUCGUCACAUCUCGUGACUGACUAUGCUGGCCAAAUAUUGCAGAACCUAUAAGAAUUUAUGAUUUUGCCUAAUAAAAUUAUAUAUUCAAUUAAGCAUUAACUGUUAGGAAAAAUAUAAAUUAAUUUAUUAUUGAUUACUUACCUUAAAACUAAGCUCAAUGUAUGGAAAACAAAAAUUCACUUAGAUCACCAAAACGAAUGCAAGGCUAAUCUACCCCUUCAGAUGGCAGCCUACUUCAACGUCACCUUUAUGCCAAUAUGGGUAAUAGUGCUUAUAUGGUUCAUCAUAGAAAAAUACAGCAAUUUUGGAAACUUAGUUCAAGUUAUAAUAGUCACAGUAACGACAACCAUUGUAACAGUGGAAGCCACCAGGUUAUACUUGAUUUAUGAAGGCAACCUCAAAGAUAAGAUUCCAGAACUGGCAGGUUUCUGGAUGUUAUCGGUAUUCUUGCAGUUACCCUUGCAAGGACUGUUGCUUCUGAACCCAUACUUCCAACUCGGGGUUCUUGAAACCAUAUGCCAAGCAGUCAUGUUCAUUCUGUUAAUAUUGCAAAUAAUUUUCGGUUAUGUUGCUUUGAAGUUUACCGCCUCCCAGCAAGCCAGGUUUUUCAAAGGGAAACAUGAAAGUUUAAAAAUGCGGGUAUUGGAGAGACGUGGAAAUGUUAAUGAAGGCCAAGCAGAUAAGGAGACGUGAGAAGAGAGUUUAUUUGCUAAUUGUAUGUUGAAAAUAGAUGAUGCAGGCAUCA